CGAGCUGAAUGCAUGUAAACUGCCUCUCGCUCCUCAGCUGCCCCUUUCCGUGGUCCCUCCUUAUCGGCGACAUGAGUAGCCUGGGGGCUCUGCUGCGCCGCUGCUGGCUCCCGUCCCUGCUGCUGCCGGCGCUCCUGGGCCCACGCAUCGCCGCCGGGGCGGCCCUGCACCCACUGCGCUGCGCUCCCUGCACCCCGGAGCAGCUCACCCUCUGCCCGACCGUCGCUCCCGGCUGCCCGGAGAUGUCCCGACAGCCCGGCUGCGGCUGCUGCCAGACCUGCGCCCUGGGGCCGGGACAGCCGUGCGGGGUCUACACGGCCCGCUGCCGCCAGGGGCUCCGCUGCCACGUCCCCGCCGGAGAGCCCCGGCCCCUCUCCGCCCUCAUCCAGGGGCAAGGGACGUGCCUGCCCGCCGGAGAGGCAGGAGGGAUGCGGACGGCGGAGCCGGCAGACUCUAUUGAACCUGAAGGUAUGCCUUUGGAGAGCACUGAAAUCACACAGGAUCAGCUGCUGAACUAUCAGUUGAUGUUCCUGAUAGGCCAGGACAAACCCAUCCCCUGGAAUGCCAUUACUGCAUAUGAAAACAUGAAAGCAAAGAGAAUAUCUGAACUCAAGAAAUGGAAAGAGCAGGGACCUUGCCAGAAGGAACUCUACAAAGCCCUGUAUAAAUUGGCAAAGGCACAGCAGAGAAGUGGUGGGGAGAUUUACAAAUUCUACUUGCCCAACUGCAACAAGAAUGGAUUUUACCAAAGCAAACAGUGUACAACUUCACUGGAUGGAGAGUCUGCUGGAUGCUGGUGUGUCUACCCAAAAACUGGAAAAAAAAUUCCUGGAUCUCCAGAAAUGAACAGAGACCUUGAGUGCCAACAGUAUCUCAACUCACAAGAAUAAAACUGUUAUAACACAUUCAUUCACACCAAGUUUUCUGUGGGGUCUGAUCAAGUCAGGAGCUGUUUCAUUAAGGUAGUUUUUGUGCACCUGAGUUUCAGCAUAUGAGUGACCCCCAUAAAGUAGCUUUUUUACUGCACUGGGACUACUCAGAUGCCAGAGUGACAAAGAUGAGCAACUACAAGUUCUACAAUCUUAUAUAUUUUGUUUGUAUAAUAUUAUAGAUAUCCUCAUAUGUAAAGCUGUUGACUUAAUUUAUGUCACCAUAUAUGCAUUUUUGUCUGUGCUGUUACUAAUUUAUAACUUCAAACACUGUGACUUUUUAUGUAAAUACUUAAUAUUAUUGCUUUUAAAUACAUGCAUUUUAUAUUGGCGGAACGUUGAUACUAAAAACUUCAGAUGGCACUAACUCAGAAAAAAAUGGCUUGUAAACUUGCAUUUUGUACUAUGUAUUUAUAGACAUAAAACUGAAUGUUAAAAAAAUAGCUUUCAUUAGAGAACAGACUUAGAAACUUAUUUAAAACCUGUUUUGUUUAUUUAUCAUGUUGCUUUUGCACCUCUGUUUCAGUGUCAAGCUGUUUCUUAAAAAAGAAAGCCUAAACCUUGAUUUUAGGCUGAAGUUUCUGAUGGGACAGUAUUUGUUUCUGUUUUCCAAACAUACGCACCGGAGAAAUGGCAGAGCACAACAGAAUGUUCUGUGCCAUUGCUGACAGGUGUAGGUUGUUCAUAUGUCAACGCUGUCAUGUUUAAGAUGAGCUAUUAAAUAAUGCCUUAAGGCAUUAAACAAUA